UAUGACAGAUGAAUAAUAUUAAGAGAAAAUUAAUAGUCUCGAAUCUCGAAUAUCUGAACUUUAAGGUUCUGAAAAUAAGACUAAGCGCAAGAGAUUGUAUCAUGAACUAGCAUAAUUAAAAAAGAAUGUGAAGUUGAUUGGUAUCAGAGUAAAUCUAAUGCAGAUCCAAAUUUGAUUGAAGAGAAGCGUUAAAAAGAUUUAGAGAGAAGAAUUUAAAAGAAGUUAACUAAAAAGUAUUAAGAAAUUGAAGAAAUAAAAUAGGAAAAGAAGAAAAUAAAAAUGAAAGAGAAAGAUAAAGUUUGUUUAGUAUGCAAAAAGAUUGGACAUACUGCUUAACAUUGUAGAGAAGUAUAUAAUUAUCAAUUAAAUUUUAGAAUGUUUAAGUAACUGUUAAUGUUAUUUGUUAUAAUUGUGGUUCCUAAAAACAUACAUUGAAAGAUUGUUAAAAACCUAAGUCUGGUUCUUUGAAAUUUGCAACAUGUUUUGUUUGUAAAGAAUCUGGUCACAUAAGUAGAGAUUGUCCUAAGAAUUCUAAAGGAUUAUAUGCUUAUGGUGGUGGAUGUUAUAUUUGCAAUAGCAUUCAUCACACUUAAGCUAACUGUCCUUAGAAUCCUAAGAAUAGAAUCAUCUCAUAAUAAUAAUAAAAAUAAUAGGAUGAUUACAUGAGUGAUUGA